AUGGUGCAAGUCCGUUGGUUGGUGCUGGCAGCAGCCCUCACCUCGGCGGCACAAUGCGAGUUUUUGUCUGCGAUUCAUGCGUGUCCUGAUGCUUGCGACAUGACCUCCGAUUCAUCCGACUGGACAUUGUAUAAUCGAGUCGACCGACUCAAUGCAUGCAACAAGACAAUGCUUCUCGACUUCGCAUUGCACAACCCGCUUGACAAUCCCAAAGCACAACCCAUGCUGUUUGCAUGUACACUCGACAGUACCACAAAUUCCACUCAGCAAACAUCUUUAUCUUGUGACUCCAACAGUAAAUUUGUCGCCUCCCCUGACCUAGUGUGGUCUGGAGAUGUUGCCUCGGAAAGUUCGGAGAUGGCCGUUUCGCUUGUGGAGACAAUACACGAGCAACUGCGGAAAACCUCUGACUGUGACACCACUCUCAGAUUUGCCUAUUCGCAAAAAAUCGUCGUUGGUGUAUAUGCUGGUGAGCAGAUCCAACCUCAGAGCGUCACCGAUGAGUUCCUUCCCAAGUUCAUCUCCUAUCUGAAGAGCGCCCAGGUUCCUCGACGCCUCGCCCUUCAACAUUGUGCUACAGACGCAGAACAUACUGUUGGUAUUGUCAUUGACACCACUGGCGACCUAGCUGGCGUUCAAGAUGUAGUCAGGGGCUGGAGACUGGCAGACAGUUCUUCUGACUGGGAGCACGAGAAGAAAGAUUGGAGCCAAAUGACUCUCCAAACUUCCCAGAAACUGCACAAACCUCAAAUGAAGACUUCAGCCAUCUCUGCGCAAGCCUCUUGUGACUAUAUCACCGUUUUUGCUGGAAAUCUUUGCCCUGUACUGGCAAAAAGCUGUGGCAUCAGCGAAGCUGAUCUGGCCAAGUUCAAUCCUAAAAAGGACCUCUGUACAACUUUGACUGCAGGACAAAUUAUUUGCUGCUCCAAGGGUGAUGUUCCCGACCUCAAGCCCAAACCAAAGGCAGAUGGUACCUGUUUCACCUACAAAACCAUUCGCGAGGAUACCUGCUUUAAGAUCGCUGCCGCCAACCGAAUCUCUGUCAAAGAUAUCGAAUCUUUUAACAAGGAGACAUGGGGCUGGUCGGGCUGCGAUGCUCUUGGAUACAGCCAGAUUAUGUGUCUCAGCAAAGGCGACCCCCCAAUGCCCGCAGAGCUUUCCAAUGCUGUAUGCGGUCCUCAAGUGUCUGGAACCAAAAAACCCACCGACCGCACUAAGCUAGCAGAGUUAAACCCCUGUAAGCUAAAUGCCUGCUGCAAUAUUUGGGGACAGUGUGGUAUCACAGAUGAUUUCUGCACUGAAUCUAAUUCAACCACUGGCGCGCCUGGAACUGCCGCUGAAGAUGAAAACGGCUGUAUUUCCAAUUGUGGGAAUCACAUAAAGCCCGGUACCACCGAACCCCCUGAUUUCAAAAUGAUCGUUUAUUUUGAGGCAUGGAACUCCAACCGACCUUGCAUGAACAUGGAUGUUACGGACAUUCCGUCGAAAGGAACCUACAGCCAUGUCCAUUUUGCCUUUGCCAACAUCACAAAGGAUCUGGAAGUUGAUAUCGAAGAUGUCAAACCCUCAUUCAAUGCCUUUGUGGGGAUGAAGGAUUUCAAUCGCAUUCUCUCUUUUGGUGGAUGGGCUUUUUCCACCGCACCCGAAACAUUUCCCAUUUUCCGUCAGGGUGUCACGGAUGCUCAGCGGCAGAAGUUUGCCGACAACGUCGUCGCUUUCCUGAAGCUGCACAACCUUGAUGGCCUAGACUUUGACUGGGAAUAUCCUGGAGCUCCAGAUCUCCCUGACAUUCCAGCGGGCAGCCCAGAGGACGGAGCAAACUACCUCAAGUUCUUGAAAAUGGUCAAGAAGCAGCUGCCAAAGGGCAAGUCGCUAUCUGUCGCAAUGCCAGCUUCAUAUUGGUACCUCCGAGGAUUCGAUCCCAUUCCCGAUUUCGCAGAUGUUGUUGACUACGUCAUCUACAUGACCUACGAUCUCCACGGGCAGUGGGACUAUGACAAUUCCUGGGCCAUAGACGGUUGCCCGGAUGGGAACUGUCUUCGGUCCCAUGUCAAUGUUACGGAGGCACGGAUGUCUAUGAGCAUGAUCCAAAAAGCGGGUAUGCCCGCCGAGAAGGUUGUCGUUGGUGUCGCCAGCUAUGGGCGGUCCUUCAAGAUGACCAAGGAAGGGUGCUCAGGCCCUAUGUGCACGUACACCGGUCCUAAGUCCGGUGCUCGUAAGGGCCGCUGUACGGACACAGCAGGAUACCUUAGCACGGCAGAAAUCAACGAGAUCAUUGAUACUAACCCAGACCGUACGAGCACCUUUGACAAGGCAUCAUAUUCGGAUAUCCUCGUUUAUAACAAGACCGAAUAUGUGGCGUACAUGAGCCAGGAUCGAAAAACGGAAUGGGAACUCAUGCUUCUGGGCCGUGGAUGGGGUGGAGUGAGUGACUGGGCCGUCGAUUUGAUGGAUAUGUACACACAGCCGUCUGAUGAGGAGAUCGAAGUGAAAUAUUGCGGCGACAGCUUCGAUACUCUGGUGGACCUAUCCAAGGCCGGUGACGAUGUUCCACACUACUGUGUCAAUAUCUAUGCGCUGGGUAUCAUGAGCAAAGACUUUAGGAAGGCAAUGUCAACGUACACUGAUCUCCUCGAUGAUGGUUACGAUGACAAGUUUGAUACGUACGAAAAGUAUGUCAACGAAACCAUGCGCGUGGAAGUUGAAGAUUACAUGAAACACCAUGCAGAAGACCGUUUCCAUUGUAUCGACACCAACGAUGAGAACAAGAAGACAGUGGCCUGCCCAACUACUUUACCCACUGAUCAUUUCAAGGGUCCAGACGAAAUCACCUAUGUUCUAGAUGACGAAAAGGGAUUUUACAAGGAUAUGAUGGACAAGUAUGGAAUUGAUGAAUCCUGGAUCAAGUUCGGUGACCUGUGGGUGUGGGUCGAGCCCGGCUGCCACCCUUCGGGUGGGGGUAAUAGUGUGAGGAACUGUGAACUAUACUGGCACGGCUGGCCAAAUCAAGACGACGAUCGGAUGAAGGUUCCAAACCCCAAAGAGACAAUUUCAGGGGCAAUGAAGAACCUCACGGAUUUUGGCAACCAACUCGACGAGUCGGCAUAUGACGCAAGUGCGUUCCUUUACACUGAAGAUAUCGCAGAUGCGAUCCAGGCAGCCGAGAUGCCCCUCUUCAUGACUGAGUCUGCUAUUGAGCAGAUGCAAAAAGUCAUGGACACGGCAGACAAGAUUACGGCGGAAUAUAAGAAGGAAAUGAUCAUCAACUUCGCAGCUGCUUUGGUGAUGUUGGUCCCUGCGGUGGGCGAAACCAUCGGGACUUUGGGACUGGCCACUAUCGGGCGGGUUGUGAUGCUGGCUGGAGAGGCUGGAAAUGCAGCAUUUGGUGUUUAUGGGAUUGUUGAGGACCCCAAAAGUGCUGUUUUCUCGAUCUUUGGUGCACUUAUUGGGGUCAGAGGAGAGAUGGGCUUUGCACGCGCUGCUGAGGCGAGACGCAGUAUGUCAGAAAAGGAAAAUUCUGCGCUUGGAAAGUAUGUCCAAGGGCGUAUGGACGGUGUAAAAUCAGUGCAGCAAAGAUCAUGCAAAGCCUAG